AUGGUUAUACCAUACUCGACGGCCCACCUUCCUGGGCAGCUUUUUCUAAAUAAUGAGUACGUCGACGCAAAGAACACCAGAACACUUGCAACAUACAACCCCAGAGAUGGAGCUCUCCUAUCAGAUCAGAUCCCUGUAGCAGGAGAAGAAGAUGUCGAUUUGGCAGUGGCAUACGCUGAAGAUGCUUUCAGGACUUGGAAGCAUGUCCAAGCCAAUCGGCGUCGGCAAAUGCUGUUCAAGCUUGCGGAUCUGAUGGAAGAACAUGCGGAAAGCUUGGCAAGCAUCAGCCGUUUGGAGAUUGGGGCUUCAAUGACGUCUACUUCAGAUGAAAUCGCCGGCGCAAUUGAAGGAAUUCGUUACUAUGCCGGCUGGAUCGAUAAGCUCGCUGGUGAGUCUUUCCCACAAGAUGACGGCUUUCUCAAGAUUGUGCGACACGAGCCUCUCGGAGUAACAGCGGCAAUCAUCCCUUGGAACGGUCCCUUGAUCACAAUAGGUCUCAAAGCAGCCCCAGCACUCGCCUCUGGAAAUUGUUUCAUUCUCAAGCCGUCAGAAAAGGCGUCCUUGUCUCCCCUAGCGUUCGGCUCACUUGUCAAAGCUGCUGGCUUCCCCCCCGGUGUUUUUCAGAUCCUAAGUGGAGAUGGAGAAACUGGCUCCUUGUUAGCUAGUCACAUGCGUAUUCGAAAGAUCACAUUCACCGGAAGCGGACCUACGGGUCGGAAGAUUCAAGAGAUGGCUGCUAAGUCCAACUUGAAACGAGUGACUCUGGAGCUAGGAGGCAAGUCACCUGCAGUAGUCUUCGAUGACUGCAAUCUUGAGAACGCGGUUAGGUGGACCGUUCAGGGAAUCACGAUGAAUUCUGGGCAGGUCUGUUUUGCUGCUAGCCGCGUCUACGUCCAAGAGGGGAUUUACGAUCGCUUCCUUGAGGCUUAUUUAGAAGCGCUAAAAGCCAAGUCGGAGGCUAUGAAGAACCAGACGAAUGGCUCGCUGGGCCCUUUGAUCGACCAAGCACAGUUCAAUCGUGUUAUGGGGUUCAUUGCCCGUGGCCAGAACGGGCAAGGAACUCUGGCGCUUGGAGGUGCGCGAAUAGGGGACAAGGGAUUCUUUCUGGAACCCACAGUCUUCACGGACGUUGAUGUAGGGUCGGAGAUCCAUACGCAUGAGAUUUUUGGGCCCAUUUCAGUUCUCCGCAGGUUCAAGACUGAAGAGGAGAUAAUGGCCCUGUCCAAUGGUACAAGCUUUGGUCUUAUGGCUGGUGUAUUUUCCCAAGAUAUCAACAAAGCCUUGCGAGUCGCGUCUGACUUCGAAUCCGGCAUGGUUGGUGUCAAUUGUAUCAGUUUGAACUUCUUCAACGUACCAUUCGGAGGGGUUAAGGAGAGCGGCAUAGGAAGAGAGUGUGGCGCUUAUGCGCUCAAGGCCUUCACUGAACCAAAGACAAUCAUGGUGAAUAUGACGUACUAG